GGAAAAGUCCGGUUAAGCAGUACACGGCCUCCUAGGCUGAACUGCGAGAUGCCAUAACAAAAAAAAAAUCGAUCGGCAGUCUCUGCGCUAGCGCGCCGCUGUAUCCACUCAUUGGAAGAGCCCGCCUAGCCUGAGUCGCCCCGGCCCGCUCGCCCCGUGGUGACGUAUCCUGCUUGUUUCGUGACGUCACGACACGAACUGGCCGGGACCGUACCACGCGUCGAUCCGUAUAGUGUAGUCAUACGAGUGUAGAAUUAAUGUUUACACCUUUGUAAGCAAAUAAAUUGCCUUGAAGUUUCACCCCAAGUUUCAUUGAAGACCCUUAACAAUCUGGCGCCCAACGUAGGGCCCGAAAGCUGGCUAGCCCAAAACAAGGAACACGUAGAAGAAGAAUAAAAGAAGAACCUCUGAACACCAUGAGUUUGUCAACCGAGCAAUUUGAAAAGUUAUUGUCAGUAAUUGGUAAUAAUAAACAGCGACGGGGUUGUUUUACCACUUGUAAGGUUACAUUUAAUGGUGCUAGGGACACAGAAACUGUGGAAUCUUUUCUGGCUGCAGUUUCAGUGUUCAAGUCUGUGGAACAAAUCCCUGAUGAGCAUUCCAUUAAUUUUGAGAGAAGAGGCAGCUACCUGGUGAAAUGGCAUAAAGGAACAGGUGAAAACCUGGGAAGAAUUUGUUUCGAGAGUUCGCCACGCCUUUGCCUCCAAGAAACCUGGGUACCAAUUAUAUUAGAACGUGGUGAACAUUAACGGCGUUAGCACACUGACGCCGCAAACCGCGAUAGCGAACAGGAAAAAGCGGUAAACAAGCGAAAUUUGAGCGGUCGUUUUCACACCGCAUUUCAGUAUCGCAUUUUCCUAUUCAUUUUAGUGCAACAUGUCGUUUGAGUCAGACUGGUUUCUUUCUGAAUCUGAAGAAGAAGAACUAUUACUUCUUGUAUCGACAUUAAGAAAAAGACGAAGAAUAUGGGUUCAUGAAAUUAAUCAAAAAAGAAAGAAGCUUGGAGAAAAUAAAUUAUGCAAAGAACUACAGCAGCAUAGUGAUCGUUUUUUCACUUAUUUUAGAAUGUCGCCUGAAACUUUUGAUUACUUGCACAACCAACUUCAGCCAUAUAUCCAGAAGAAAAAUACAAACUUCAGGGAAAGUAUAUCCUCAAAGGAAAGAUUGGCAAUAUGUUUAAGAUUUUUGGCUACGGGCGAUACUUUUACUACUAUUUCAUCUUCAUACCGAAUGGGUAUAAGCACCGUUUCAAGUAUAGUUUCUGAAGUUUGUGAAGCUAUUUGGAAAGUAUUGCAACCAAUAUACAUUCCAGUACCAACUCUACAGACAUGGGAGCAAAUAUCAGAAGGAUUUUAUACAAUAUGGGGCUUUCCAAACUGCCUUGGGAGUAUUGAUGGAAAACAUAUAACUAUCAAGUCUCCACCUAACAGUGGAUCGAUGUUUUAUUGCUACAAAAAUAAAUUUUCUAUCGUUCUUCUGGCGCUAGUUGAUGCACAUUAUAAGUUCAUUUAUAUAGAUGUUGGAUCAUAUGGCAAGGAUUCAGAUAGUACAAUUUUUGAAAAUUCAACACUCUACAAACUUGUAAAAGGAAGGAAAAUGGAAUUGCCUGCAUCUAAACCUUUACCAGGUUGUGAAAACCCUACACCACACGUGUUCAUCGGCGAUGGAGGUUUUAGAUUGGAAACUUUUCUAAUGAGACCGUUUACUAGAGAAUCAAUAAUAAAUGAUCCUGAUAAAAAAAAAUUUAAUCGUGCAUUAAGUAGAGCUAGAGUUGUCGUGGAAUGUGCAUUCGGAAUAUUGGCCCAGAAGUUUCGUAUAUUUUUGAGACCCUUUGAAACUGAUAUAAACAAUACCGUAAAAGUCGUCAAAGCAGCAGCAUGUCUACACAAUUAUUUACAAGAUAUGGAAAGUGCCUAUGUGUAUGAAAACCAAAAUUCUACUAAUCCUUUGGGAGCAUUUGUAUCCAUACAACCAAACAGACAUAGGGCAAAUAAUGAAGCGUUUGAUGUUAGACAAAAUUUUGUGAAUUAUUUUAAAAGCUAGUUUCUGUAAUUAAAUGGAAUGCAUUGUA